CGCGCGCGCACACGAGGCCACGAGAUAGUCUUUUAUACACACACAAGAACCUGCAAAGCCCCAGAGAUUCUUCAUGGCGUCUCGUCUCGUGUGUGCCUUUGACCUUAUGUAGUAGUUCAAUCCAAUUAAAAUACUUUUGGAGUUUGAUUUCAAAGCUCUUCUCUCUCUCUCUCUCUCUCUCUCUCUCUCUCUCUCUCUCUCUCUCUCUCGCUUUCUGUUUCUUUAUUAUUUGUAAAUGGCUGAUGUUGUUCGAUUAUCAUUCCAUUCACUGCGUUUCUCUUCUUCUCUGCUCACCUCCUUCGCGUCCUCAUUGAAUAGUCUGCAACCGGGUCUCCCACCCAUUCUGAACUCAGAUAAGAGGGUUGUUUAUCCUCUUUUGUGUUCUUCUGCUGCCGAUUUUCCCCGCCCUGCUUUCAGACCCAGAAAGCAGUUGGUCUCUUUCAAGGUUCAAGCAACUGUGACUGAAACUGACCAACCAAAAUGGUGGGAAAAGAAUGCACCAAAUAUGGUUGACAUUCAUUCUACACAAGAAUUUUUGGGUGCUCUAGGUCAUGCUGGAGAUAGAUUAGUUAUUGUAGAAUUUUACGGAACCUGGUGCGCUUCUUGCCGGGCAUUAUUCCCUAAGCUCCGCAGAACAGCUGAAGAACACCCUGAAAUUUUAUUCCUGAAAGUCAAUUUUGAUGAGAAUAAGCCGAUGUGCAAAAGUAUGAAUGUGAAGGUGCUUCCUUAUUUCCACUUCUAUCGUGGAGCUGAUGGACAACUGGAAUCCUUUUCUUGUUCACUUGCAAAGUUUCAGAAGAUAAAGGAUGCCAUUGUAACACACAACACGGCCCGUUGCAGCAUUGGCCCACCCAAGGGGGUUGGAGAUCUUGAACUAGAACCCUCCUUCGCCCCAAAGGACAAAUCAGCAGAAUCAACAUCAGUGUAAAGCUUCCUCAAUUCAGGCAUUUUGGUGUUAAUUUCCAUCGCUGUAUAUGAGGCACACCAAAUAAACCUCAUGGGUCAGCUAUCUAUCUACUCAUAUUCUGUAUAUUUGCGUUUUCCAUUGUACAAGA